AUGACCUCGACCACGACUGCACCGUCGAGCACAAACAGCACAAACGCCGUCGACGAGGCGAUUUUCAGGUCGCAUAUUGAAUCUCUCAAAUCGCUCCCCGUCGUCUUUUCCGAUUCCUAUCAGGCGCCGCCACAGUACCUCCCCGCGCGCAUCUCCGUCUUUGGACUCGACGUUCUUCCUCCGCCAGAAAAGGCUGUGAGCUCUGCCACCAGCCUCGCUGACGUUCUCAACCUCACCUUUAAAUCUCUCAAACCUGCAUAUUCCGUGACCCUCCCGGUUCAACCAGCAGACUCUAUCCUCUCCCUCAAAAAUCUUCUCGCCGCUCAAGCAUCCUCACCACUCUCCGGUGCGACUCCCGCCCAGCAAAAGCUCUUGCUCAAAGGAAAGGCCCUCGUCGACACCAAACUCGUCAAAGACUACGACAUCAAAGACGGAAGCGUAAUCACCGUAAUGAUGAGCAACAAACCAACGACCACGUCCGAAACGCCAGCGCCCACGACAGCCUCUGCGCCCACGAUGGACAUCACCGCAGCGGAUCGCGACCCCGUUCCACCCGUGGCAUCACCAAGCCUCGGGGCGUCCAUUACAGCUCCAGGGCACAAACGACGUGUGUCGGAUAUCCCAGCAGUGACACUCUCACCUGCUGGUACACCCGCCGCGGGCACGACACCUCUCCUCCAACCCAUAGCACUCGCGGCGGACCCACUCGCACACGUCCCACUCACCGCGUCGCCUAUCAUCUCGUCGAGCAACGCCAUCCCAAUCGACCUCGCGAGCAUCCCGUUGCCCCUCGUGGCUACACAAGACGAGAGUGCAUACCAUCAGACCAUGUCGAGUCCACAGUUUUGGAAAGAUCUGAGGGCGUUUUUGGAGAAGCGGUUUGGUACCGAUGCGGGUGGAAGACCUGGGGAUGCGGACACGGCAUUUGAAGAGUUUUUGAGAAGCGCAAAGGUCAACCUUAGUCCGCAUGAGAUUGCAAAGAUCCGCGACGAGGUUGGAAUCACGGGUAUGGGCGGUCAUUAA